AUGCCACCUUACUCAAGAGAUGCCGAGCACAAAUAUAUUCUCAAAAUUACUCAGAAAAUAUCCUCGAAUAUAAAAGAUUUUAAGCAGGAUUUUAUACAAGGGGUCAGGAUCGACUAUCCAAGCUGUGUAAAAUGUUUAGAUCGAGUUCUAGAAGAUUGGGAGAAAGAUAAGGGCGAGUUGAAAACCUGGAGAGACUAUCUCGAUCUGGUGACAUAUAAACAGGUCGAUCGAAAGGUUAAGACCAGUGCUGAAUUUAAAGACUUGUAUUUCAUUUGUGAUCGAACGAGCCAUUUUGAGGGUUUAAUUUCGGACCGACUGAACCCCGAGCUCAUGAGAUGCAUGUACGACCACCUGUACCGAUAUUGUGUCAGCUUCGAGCUGGAAACGAAAGGACUUGAAAUCGAAUCAGUACAAAUAUAUGAAACUGAUUUAACACUGUAUAGGAAAAAUAUAGACUCCAAAUUCGACGCCAUUGCCGAUGCCAUCAAUCAAAUCGAGAAUUUGGGUUCGCCAUUUCAUGAUCUUGUAACUAAUGGUAGAGACCAAGAGACCCAGAUUGAAGACGUUUGUGACAUGCUUCUCGAUAUUUGUCAAACUGCCAAGUCUUGGAUUAAGCAGGACAAAGGGUAUUCUGAAGAGAUCUGGCAGGAGAUGCAGACCUACCAGUCCAACAGACUGAACCUCAAAGAUGAGGAAUCCAAACUUUUUAAAAAGACAGCAGGAAUUAUCAAGAAGAUCGAACACACCGAAAAGUUAAAGAAGCAAGCCAUUAAAAAAUACGAAACGAACAAACGAGAGAGAAAAAAGCUGCAGAGUAGAAUCGAAGUCGUGGAGGACAAACUUGUUCGUCUGCAUAUAAAUAUUGAGAGAAAACGAGAAGCCUUCUACAAAACACAAGAACACAGAGCGCUGGAAAAUCCCCUGACCCCUCGGAUGCAGAUCACCUACGAUGAGAGACUCGAUAGUCUUCAGCGUGAUGUGUACAGCAUGGACGGCCAGAUCGACCCCACAGAGAAACAUCUUCAGAAGCUAAAACUAGAUCUGAAGAACACCCGAGAUACGACAUACGAACAUAAAGUGGAUGCUGCCACCAGGGAUAACGAGAUCCAUGAUCUACGUAAAGAAUUACCACCGAUUGAUAUAGAAUUACAGGCCAUCAAAGAUGAAAUUAAGUCGAAUGAGGCUAAGCUUGCUGUCAUGCAGAAGAUCAGAAGUCAUAUUGCUAUUGCUGAUACUCUUAGAAAGCUUCAUAAUGAUGAAGAGAUCGAGGACAAGAAGCAGCCUGAAACAGACAACCUGAAUGAAGCCUUACAAACAGUCUCUGAAAUGGUUGGCAUCGAAUGGAAAAAGAUUUACCCAAAACUGCCUUUUAUUCCACCGCGGGAUUCCUGGAAGAAGACCAGGGAUAUUGAAAUAUUGGAUAUCACGGCCAUGAGAUGCGACCAGACCCAUCAAGAACAGGCACUUAAAGCUUUCGAAAAAUGGCUGACAUUUAAUCGUCAUGGCAACUUGCAGCAGCUGAUUAGAACUUUAAGAAAAGUGAGGAAAGUGGAAUUGGCAAGUGAAUUGGAAGAGAAGUAUAUGGUAGAAGACGUUUAUUGA